AGACAUAAAAUUGUGACAAAAAAGCAGCCACAGAACUCGUUAUUUUACAAAAUACCAGACAAUGUAGCCUGUGAUACCACAAUCCGAGCAAUUUCCAUGUAAAUUGCCACCGAAGACGAAGUUUUAGUGCAUUGUUGAUGAAAACCACCAGAUUUCCUAACCUCAAAGCCUUGAAGCUGCUCAAAAAUGAUGAAUCCGCAGGAAGUUGGGACUAAGGUGAGAGAAUACCACUCCUUCUUGGAAGACACUUUAAAAAGGGACCUCGCCGACGUGCAAGCCAAGCUCGAGGACAAAGUGAAACAAUACAAAGAAUGGGAGGAAGUGAAGCAGGUUACGAAAGCCCUUGACGAAUUCAAGGAGAAGGACUGCGAUAUGGUGGUACGCAUGGGGUUAGGUUGUGGUGUCCACGUGACUGGUGAAGUGUCGGAUUAUGAGCGGACCUACGUCGACGUCGGGUUGGGUUAUUUCCUGGAGAUGGACACCAAGGAGGCUGAUAAAUAUUCGGAUAUUAGGAUGCGCAGUUUGAAAAAGGACAUCGAGCAUUACAGGAAGCUGGCGGUUCAUAUUAAAGUCAAUAUCAAGAUGGUGUUGUUGGCUAUCAAUGAACUGCAGUCUCUCAUGCUGAACUAUUACACAACAUGUGAACACCUUUUAAUAAGUCAAUACUUACAUUUACAUUACAAAACUAUGGUAUAAAACUAGCGGACUACGUACAAAAUUAGACUGUUGUGAGCGUAACAAAUAUUUUACAUCUUUUUUUAAAUUUUACUUAAAAACUCACUCCUUCUGUAACAUAUCGUAAUUUCUUUUCUUAGUUAACUACUAGAUAACC